GUCACUCUCUCCCUGCGUUUUCUCUACCUCAGUGUCCUUGCAGUGGAGUGGGAGGUCCAAAAGUCCGAUAGCCUGUGGGGGAGGGUUCCACCCACAUCUGCCCUCACCCCAUCAGAGAUGGCGCAGGUGGCCUCCCAGGAACCUGACACUCACGAUGAAUAAAUGAUGCGGGCUCAGCGGCCGGCGGCCAGAACUCUCUGCUGCCACCACCGCCUGCGGGUGGCCAGGGGCUGUCACCUGGCAGCCCUGUGCAUCAGCCCCUCUGCUCCCAGGACCUGCACCGGAGCGCGCAGCGGGAGAACAUGGCCGGGCGGCAGAGAGGCACCGGGCGACUCUGGGCUCUGGGCGGCGCCGCGCUGGGGGCUUGCCUGGCGGGGGUCGCCACGCAGCUAGUGGAGCCCAGCACUGCCCCGCCCAAGCCCAAGCCGCCCCCACUGACCAAGGAGACCGUGGUGUUCUGGGACAUGCGCCUGUGGCACGUGGUGGGCAUCUUUUCGCUCUUCGUGUUAUCCAUCAUCAUCACGCUGUGCUGCGUCUUCAACUGCCGUGUACCACGGACGCGGAAGGAGAUCGAGGCCCGGUAUCUACAGCGAAAGGCGGCCAAGAUGUACACAGACAAGCUGGAGACAGUGCCUCCCCUUAACGAACUCACAGAAAUCCCUGGAGAGGAUAAGAAGAAGAAAAAGAAGGACAGUGUGGACACGGUGGCUAUCAAGGUAGAGGAAGAUGAGAAGAGCGAAGCAAAGAAGAAGAAAGGAGAGAAAUAAGGAAAGCAUCCUGGAGGUGGCAGCUGCGCCUGGCAGGCCUUGAAGCCCAAGUUCAGGCCAGGAUCCAGGC